AUGGCUCAACCAAACGAAUCACUCUUAGCAAGGUAUGGGAUUAGAUAUAAUCCCAUGGCUGAAUUAGAUAAUCCCAGUACUAAUUCCCUUAUAGAGAAUCCCAUUAAUAAUUCCCUUAUGGAAAAUCCCAUUAAUAAUUCCCUUAUGGAGAAUCCUAUUAAUAAUUCCCUUAUGGAGAAUCCCGAAACAGAGACGGUCGAAGAGGAAGCACCUCCGUUAGAUGAAUACUCUCAACCACUAAGUAAUGAAGAGAUUCCUCCUUAUAAUGUGAAUCUACAUAAGUAUCUUGAUGUAAUGUCUUUUGAUCAAAGAUUUCAGCCGGUGUUGAGAAUAAAUCGUCAUAUUAUUAAUGACGAUGAAACACUCCAAAGUUUUAUCGAGAAGUUUACUUAUCAUGGUGUGAUUCCUGAUUCAAUAAAUCUAUGGGAAAUAAGCCAUAUAGAUGAUUUAGAAUAUGAAGGUUUGAUUCCCGAAUUAAUACCAAAUGAAAGCAAUAACGUUAAUAAUAUCGAUUAUUUAUUUGCUCUAUAUUUAAGCUUAAGAGAUCAGCAUAACGCUGCUCCUCAAGUUGAUAUUAACGAAAGCUCAAUACAACCAAAUUUACUUGAACAAUUAUCGGGUAUAAUUGCUUUACCUAACGAACGAAGAUUAACCACCCCUACCGAUACAUCUGAACCUCGUCGUACUCGUCGACACUCGGAAAGAGCUCGUCAAAGAGCAUUACAACUUGAAUUUCAAAGACAAGAACAAUUUGCAAGACUAGAACGAGAAGAAAGAAGAAUAAGAGCAGAAAGACAACGGGCCCGUGAAGCUCAUCAAAGAUUAAGAGCUGAACGAGAACGUUUAAACCGAGAAAGAGUCAUACGCGAACAGUUAAAACAAGAACGAUUAGAAAGAGAACGAGAACGAGUUGAAAAAGAACGGAGGAAACUAGAACGAGAAGAACGGGAACGUAGGAGAGAACGUAAAAGACUUGAAAAAGAACGUCUUGAAAGAGUUGAAAGGGAACGGAUUGAACAGGAACGGAUUGAACAGGAACGGAUCGAACAAGAACGGAUCGAACAGGAGCGGAUUGAAAAACAACGGAAGAAAGAACGUCUUGAACAGGAAAAAGAACGUCUUGAACGGGAAAAAGAACAUAGAAGAAGACGCCAGGAAAAGAGAAGAUUAAAAGAAGCCAGAAAACAGAGACUUGAAGAAAAGAGAUUAAAAGAAGCAGAAUUACGUGAACAAGAACAAUUCCGUAAAGCAGAACAAGAAGCAGAACAAGCACAACUACACAAAGAACAGAAUAAACAAAGGAAACAGAGAUUGAAACAAAAGAGAAGAGAAGAAAGAAGAGAAGACCAAAAACACCAGGCCCCAGUGCCUAAAAGAGAACCCCAGUCCCCGGAGUCAAUCAUCAACCGUCAUAAACCCAGACACUUUACUACCCCCAUAGCGUCUCCUUCUUUGUCCUCACUCACCACAUCUUCCUCCUCUUCGUCCGCCAGGAUCUCCCACCCUUAUCGUCCGAUGAACCUCCUCCACAUAUCAACGUAG